AAGCAAUCAUGAUUUUUAAUAGUUUACAUGACGGACGAUGACGAACGCUUAAAUAAAAUCAGGCGAAGGACCCGACCGGUUUGCCAUAUCUACCAUCCAGCACGUCCAAUUUCUGACUCGUCGAUUAAAAUAACGGGCGUCUAAAAGCGGCGGUCCAUAAAGCUAACUCUGCAAUAUAAUAUACACUCUACUGUAUCUAUAGUUGUUGCUAUGGCGGCCGUAUCAACACAGUCCCCAUCAUUUCACUCUCUCAAACCCUCAAUUCUCUCUAAGAGCAACUCUCCCCAAUGUUUUCAAACCCUCAAUUUUACGAAACAAGCUUGUAACACGAAAUUAGUUGUUGCCUGUUCAGCUAGCAGCAAUCUCGAUAAGCAACAUGUCAAUGACAACAACAAUAGCAGUAACAGUAACAAGACGUUCACGACUAUCGAUCCUGCUUCACCUAGAUCCAAGGUGAGGCGGCACUCGAUUUCAGUUUUUGUUGGUGAUGAAAGUGGAAUGAUAAAUCGGAUUGCAGGAGUGUUUGCACGAAGAGGGUAUAACAUAGAGUCUCUUGCUGUUGGCUUGAAUAAAGACAAAGCUCUUUUUACUAUAGUUGUGUCAGGGACUGAAAAGGUGUUACAGCAAGUAAUGGAACAGCUACAGAAGCUUGUAAAUGUUUUGAAGGUUGAAGAUCUUUCACAAGAGCCACAGGUAGAGCGUGAAUUAAUGCUCAUAAAAAUUAAUGCAGACCCCAAGUAUCGGGCAGAGGUCAUAUGGUUGGUGGACAUAUUUAGAGCAAAAGUUGUGGACAUCUCAGAACAUUCGUUAACUAUUGAGGUAACUGGUGAUCCUGGAAAGAUGGUUGCAGUGCAGAGAAAUCUAAGCAAGUUUGGAAUCAGAGAAAUCGCUAGAACUGGAAAGAUUGCCUUGAGAAGGGAAAAGCUGGGUGAAUCUGCUCCCUUUUGGAGAUUUUCAGCAGCUUCAUAUCCUGAUCUUGAAGAAACCAUGCCUAUAGAUACUCGCAAAGUGCCUAAAAAAGAAACUCAUUAUGUUGAUUCUGAUACAUUCCUCGGGGGAGAUGUAUAUCCAGUGGAGUCUAAUUUUGAGGCUUCAGUCAAUCAAGUUCUUGAUGCUCACUGGGGUGUUCUGAAUGACGAAGACACAACCGGGCUUCGUUCACACACCUUAUCAAUGCUCGUAAAUGAUGUUCCUGGAGUUUUGAACAUAGUAACAGGAGUUUUUGCUCGAAGAGGCUACAACAUUCAGAGUUUAGCUGUUGGACAUGCAGAAGUUGAGGGGCUUUCUCGCAUUACGACUGUUGUUCCUGGUACGGAUGAAUCAAUUAGCAAGUUGGUGCAACAACUUUACAAGUUGAUAGAUCUUCAUGAGGUUAGGGAUAUCACCCACUUGCCAUUUGCUGAGAGGGAACUAAUGCUGAUAAAAAUUGCCGUCAACGCAACCGCCAGACGAAAUGUUCUCGACAUAGCUAGCAUCUUCAGGGCCAAAGCUGUGGAUGUGUCUGAUCAUACUAUAACUCUUGAGCUGACAGGAGAUUUACACAAGAUGGUUGCUCUCCAAAGAUUGUUGGAGCCUUAUGGCAUCUGUGAGGUGGCCAGAACUGGCCGUGUGGCACUGAUCCGUGAAUCAGGAGUCGAUUCCAAGUACCUUCGCGGCUUUUCUUAUCCGUAUUAAUUUCCACGUUUAGUUAGACAUACGACAAUAUUUACAUUUACUAUGUACAUGCUGUGGCAUUUGUUGUCUAAGCUCUGCAAGUGUAAUUUAGAUAUAAUUCAAUAGGUUCUAAGAGUUUUACAUCUUAAACGACUUCUCUCAAAGGAGUUCUCCUGGUCCUGGUUGCAGCAUGAUGCGGGGAUUAUAUUUUAGUAAUAGUUGCAAAUUUUGAAGGAAAUUAUGCAGGAAAGAGGAAAUCUAUUUAAAAAUUGAUGUGCUUUAAAGCUUAUAUAGUUAUAUUAAUGCAA